AGUUACUUCGUGUGGCCCGUGUCGCGUUCCUUGCACGCCUUUUGCCAUUCUGUCAACCGCCAACUCUCUCCCGCCGGCCUACCUCCCUCCCGCUGGGAACCCAGUCCUUUUUCUCCCGUCAGGUUGGCGUCGGAGAGUUGGCCUAUGCCCUGAAUCGCGGCGAUAGUCGUUGGCGCCUCCAGUCGUGGUUAUCAGCCUCGCAUCUACAUGCGGCCAUCGCCGACGCUAUGGAGGUAACCCGCCCGAGUGAGCUUCCUGGCGAACUUCUGUAUAUUCAGUACGAUCAUGCUCUCGAGGACAAGUACCUACCCUCCAUCCGGGCGUUGAUCUCCAAGGACCUCAGCGAACCGUACAGCAUCUACGUAUAUCGGUAUUUCUUAUACCAAUGGGCUCACUUGUGCUACAUGGCCCUGCACCCCGUCGACAAGUCCCUCGUGGGUGUCAUCAUCUGCAAGCUCGAGCACCAUGUCUCACACUCGCCUCGGACUCAUAGGGGCUAUAUAGCCAUGCUGGCGGUGUCGUCUGUCUUCCGCGGACGCGGCAUAGCGACGGCCCUGGUUAGAAUGGCGAUUGAUGCGAUGGCCGAACGCAAUGCCGACGAGGUCGUUCUAGAGACCGAGGAAACCAACGUGCCGGCCAUGAGACUAUACGAGGGGCUCGGCUUCCUAAGGUCGAAGAAAUUGCACCGUUACUAUUUGAACGGGAACAGUGCCUAUCGGCUCGUGUUGAUCUUGAAACCGACAAGCUCCGAAGUCACCUAGCACCCCGAAGGGCCGGUAUAUCGUUGAGUUCUCGGAUUAGCCCGGCAGCCCCAUUUCUGUUCUGAGGCAGGCUGCUCUUUAAGCUGUUGUGCGAGCGUGGAAGAGAGGCAUACCCUCCGCGCCGUGUCUGGCGACGCCUAGGGGAUACUCCGGUAAGGAUGUUAGACUGGUUGGGUUAUGAUCGCGCCCUGGCAGAAGGCAUCGGGGAAUGGAUCAAUAUCAAGACAAGCAUGCCGCGGAGGGACAAUGCAUUGCCAGUACUAGAAGGGGCUACUGACAGGCUUUGGGAUGUUUAUUGUGGGGGUUUCCGGGCCAGCAUUAUCUUGAAAGCAGACCUUCGACCAUC